AAAAUGAGGCCUGCAAAAGAAAGCCCACCAUCAAAGCAAGCAUUUCCUUUUCCCUUCCAGACCAUUUCCUUCCAUUCACUGUCCUCUCCUCUCCUCAGCUCGUCUGCAACUGUCGAUGGAAAUCUGAACCGAGUUGAUCGUAAAAGAUGAUCCGGAAGGUUUUGGAGUUCUCUUUGCGUAACUCCAGUAGGAGGAUUCCUGGGCAAAUUCGCAGACAGCAGAAGCCCUCAUAUCUUUCCUCGAGAAAGGAAUUUUCAACUGCAUCUCCUCAGAAUGCGUCCCCCAAACCUGGAACUGCAAGUAAACCUCCGGAAUCAGGGAAUUCUUUUUCGAAAGUUGUCAUUGGAGGCAUAGCUGUUGGCGCGGCUGUCCUGGCUGCUCAUCAAGCUGGCUAUCUAGACCAAAUUCUUCAUAAGGAAAAGCAGGAUUCUCAAGCUGAGGUUGGUCUUAAUGAUGAAGAUCGAAGCACUGCCAGCCAGAAAGCAAAACCUUUCAGCCAUAAGGUUGAGGAAAAGGUUCUACCCAGCAUGGAAGUGCGGGAUAAAGUGAGUCCAAACAAAGAGAAUGUGAAGGAAAAGGGAGAGUCUCAUUCAAUUGCAUCCACUUCUGAAGCACUUCAUGAUAGGCAGAAUGAAAUUCUGCCCCGUGCACAGGAUAAGUCUGAAACUGCACCUAGUGAAGAUAAGGUUUUGGACGAAGAGAAGUUGCAUGCCAGCAGCAUUAUUUCAAAUGAUCACAGUACAGCUACUAUAAUAUCAGCAGAAGAAAAACUUGAUAGGGAAAGCCCAGAUGCUAAGAUUAGUGUGCAACCGAGUGAGGCAGGUCAAGUUUCUCAUGCAUCAACAGAUGGUAGUUCAACUGCUGCAGACACUGAAGUUGAAUCACCAGUACAGCAUAUCCUUGAAGAAGACAGAAAGGAGGACUCACCCAGUGUCAUAGAAACAGCAACCCCACUUUUGGAUGCGUAUCAUCUGCGGGAUAAGGACAAUGAGAAAUCUUCAGUGUAUCUUAAUGGAAAUGGCGAAAGCGAGAAGGCAUUUGCUAGUGCAAUGGAGGAGUUGGGUGAAGCUGCAGCAUCCAAGGACGGAAAGCUGAUUCUUGAUUUCUUACAAGCAAUUCAUGCUGCUGAAUUGAGACAAGCAGAGUUGGAUGCCCGUGCUUUUACAGAAGAGAAAAAAGCAAUGAAGGAGAAGUAUGAGAAGGAACUGAAGGAUGCCAUUGCCAGGGAACUGAUGCAUGCAGAAGAGGCUGCACUAUUAGAUAAGGAAUUGAAAAGAGAGAGGGCAAAAGCAGCGGCUGCUAUAAAGUCACUUCAACAGAAGUUGGAAGAGAAACACAAGAUGGAGCUCGCGGAGAAGGAGAAAGAAGCUGAACUGAAAUUAAAAAAAGUGGAGGAACUAUCGAAAGCAGAAAUGUCUGCAGCAAUUGCACGUGAAAAGGCCUCUCAGGUCGAGAAAAUGGCAGAAGCUAAUCUUCAUAUAAAUGCCUUGUGCAUGGCAUUCUAUGCACGAUCUGAGGAGGCCCGCCAGAGUCAUUCUGUUCACAAGCUUGCCUUGGGAGCACUAGCACUAGAAGAUGCUCUUUCCAAAGGACUACCUAUUAAAGUGGAGAUUGAAGCCUUGAGAACCUAUCUCAACGGGAUUGACAAAGAUUCGGUUUUGGAUUUGGUCUUGUCAUCACUCCCUGAAGAAACAAUUGAUCAUGGAACUGAUACUGUAUUGCAAUUGAAUCAGCAGUUUGAUACAUUAAAAGGUACACUGCGACACUUCAGCCUAAUCCCGCCAGGGGGUGGUGGCAUCUUGGCACAUUCCCUAGCACACAUUGCCUCCUGGUUAAAGGUUCGGGAAGCAAACUACUCAGGCAAUGGGAUCGAAUCUGUUAUAAGCCAGGUUGAGAGCUACUUAGCAGAAGGGAAACUUGCGGAGGCAGCUGAUGCCCUGGAAGAGGGUGUGAAAGACAGCCGAGCAGUGGAGGUAAUCAGUUCAUGGGUGAAGCAGGCAAGGAACAGGGCUAUUGCCGAGCAAGCUCUUACUCUGCUCCAGUCGUACGCAACCUCAAUCAGCCUCACAUGAGGAACUAGCUUCCCGGUCGUUGGUCUUACCACUUCCCUUGCUGUGAUAUGAAAAUAAAUUCCACAAGGAUAUUGAAUAGAUCAAUUUUGAUGGUUUGGCUUGAAGAAGGCAAAGCCCGGGGAAGGAUCGUCUCGGGACGUUGGUGCUUAGAUUGUUCUGUAGGAAAACGACUUCGAUUUUAACAGGAAUCCAGAGGUUUACAGAGUUUUCCCCGUUGCAGUUCGGGAGACAUCCCAUUAUAGAGCAUUUCUUUGUCGCAAUUCAGGUGCGUGUAAUAAGUUGCAAGCGUCUUCGAUCCAACUAGAGUACCGAUGGAGAUAAUUUGUUGAUGUGAACAUCUUUCCACCUUUCAUUUUCUUGAUCUCUUUUCGAA